AUGGCCGCAGGGCAAUCAUAUGACCCUGACUUCGCACAAUCAGAGCCUCCCCCUCCCCCUCAAAACCAGCUUGUAUCAGGAUAUGGAACAGAUUCAUUAGAAGACCUUUUGCGCAAUGACUCUUCUACAUAUGGCCGUGUCUCAGAAACAAACGGGUUGGCGCCCGUCGCAUCCCGCACACCUGGUGAUAAUGUGAAUUUAGAGGGAUCGGUUAACAUUGAUGCCGAGGAUGACAAUGGAUCUCAACCUACCCAAGAUAUGACCUUGCGACCACCCGCUCCAAUAGAUCCGUCCAAUGUCCGGCUGCCUGUAUCCAGACCGCCAUCAAAUAUCUCGCUGUCUGUGUCAAGACCGCCAUCAACCCAAAGACCACGGCAAGGAGAUCGAAUGGUUGAUUCAGCACACCUUGCACCUCACGUGACAGAAGAAACGCGUCGACAACCAUACAGAAAAACUAUUAAAAACGCGGGAAAGGUGCUAGAACAUAUCAAAAAUGGAAGUGUCGGGAAAUCUUCACGUCACGCGAAGACUUCAAUCACAUACUAUGACUAUCGCGACGAUCUCAUAUCAGAACCGGCAUACAUCGAUGAUUCAGCGACUAUCGCAGCCCUAUGCCAUGUUCCAGAAGAUGUACAGCAAAGGCUUAUCUUUGUGGAAGAUCUUUCUAAACCCAUGAUAGACAUAUUGGGUGAAAACUUCAGCAUCAAUCCCGAGUUCUUCGAAGAGCAUUUACUGAAUUCUGGCUAUGCCGGCGGGAAAUAUGACUGUCCACCGGCUCGAAACUGGAGCACAGCAUCAUUUGAGAAAUCCUACAUAUCAUUCAGGUGGAUUCGACCAGUUUAUCGACUUCCAACGUACUUUUCAAGCCCUGACCUUGAAGAUCUGCUUGAGGACAGCGUAACGCAUUUUACACGGAGGAAGUCUGUUACGACGGGAAUCCUCACAAAUAUAUUCCGGCUAGAGUGGGGUCUGUGGACCGACCCCACAACGACAUCGAUGAUGAAAAGAGUGUGUGGCUUAGAGGAGAGAGUGUCAAUUUGGAGAAAGAAGCUCAUUGAUCAAAACACUGAGAUUGUAAUCGUACUUCUUGACCCUUUGCCGGAGAUAUCUGAGAUACACCAUUACUGGACAUCAACCGGUUCUCAGCGAGAGAAUGAAGAGAAUAAUGAUAAGAAUGAGAAAGAGACGAAGGACGACGACGACGACGACGACGACGAUGAUGAUGACGACGAUGAUCAUACGUCACACCGCCCCUCCGAGGAGCUGAGUCAAUACUGGGCGUCGUUAACUGGUUCUCGGGGAGACAAUGGCGAAAAUGAUGGUGAUUAUGAUGCGCCAAACCACUCCUCCAUGGAAAGGAGUCAAUACUGGACACCACCUGAUUCACAGGGAGAGAAUGGCGAGAGCAAUGGGGAUGAUGCGUCGCACCAAUCCUCCACGAGACAGAGCGGAUACUGGCCAUCCAUCAAUUCUCGGGAAGGGAAUGCCAAGAAUGAUAGCGAUGAUGCGUUGCGCCACUCCAUGGAAAGGAGUCAAUACUGGACACCACCUGAUUCACAGGGAGAGAAUGGCGAGAGCAAUGGGGAUGAUACGUCGCACCAAUCCUCCACGAGACAGAGUGGAUACUGGCCAUCCAUUAAUUCUCGGGAAGGGAAUGCCGAGAAUGAUAGCGAUGAUGCGUUGCGCCACUCCAUCGAAUGGAGUCAAUACCGGACAUCAUCUGGUUCACAGGGAGAGAACGGCGAGAAUGAUGAUGGUGAUACGUCGCACUACUCAUCCAUUGAACAGAGUACUUAUAUCGAAGAGCUUAUCAUGGAUGAAGAGCAACCACAACGUGUCAGGGAUGAAACUUCGUUUGCUAGGUCGCUGGGCUGGAUCCUUGGAAGAAAAAAUCCAAAACACUUCAGACCUGGAAAGAAGCUCGAAGUACUGAAUGUUAUCGUUGAGGAGAAGAAAAAGAGGGAGCCCGAAGUACUAGAUAAAGUUAUCAUUGAGCAGAUAGCUCCUCGCCAAGCAGUCUCAGCCGACCUAGACUGCGUAUUUCAAAUGUUGCAGUCGAUGACUGAUUUGCAAGCAAAACUCCAGGAGACCAAGUCAACCAAGUCAGAGAUCUGUGACGCUCUCGGAAUGCACCAGGGACCAGGUAGUCUGCUCAGGCCAUUGGUACGAAUCAUCCAACAAGACACCAUGACCCUUCUCAACCAGCUGCGACAAGUUCUUGACGAAAUAGAUAUCGAGAUUCUAGAUGACAUCAAGAUGGAGGAUAGAUUGGGCUUAUGGCGACAGAUCAUAAACCGAGCCCAGCGAGAGCUUCCAGAGCUGAGAUAUUCUAUGGAGCCUUUUAUUGAGUUUCUCAUUAAACUCCAUCCUAUAAGCUCUCCCCGGGAGGUUGCAGUCAUGGGACUGGAACCUAUGCAAGAUAUCCAUGAACUUUGGAAGAACAUCGAUCACAUUAUAGUUCGACUUCAAAGAACAUCAGCAUCUUUGACUUCCAAUAUGGGUCUUCUGGAGAGUCGACGAUCGAUCGAUGAGGCUCAUGCUGUGGCAAGACUCACCGAACUCGCAUUCAUUUUCGUCCCGAUGUCUUUCGCUGCCUCUGUUUUUGGCAUGCAAAUCGAACCAUUUGCAAAUCCAGUCCCUAUCAGUAACUUCUUUGUUGUGGCUGUUGUCGUGACAUUAUUUGCUUAUUUGAUGCGUAUGACUAUGCGCAGCCAUUGGUUGAUUGCUCUCAAGGCAGCCGUGAAAAAUGAUGUCAGGAAAUAUGCAGCGAGAAAUGGCCAACCUGUGCAACCUCGAGCGCUUCCAAUGCUCCUGAUCUUUCGGUCAAUAGCAAGUCGACUGAGUACCAUCAUAGGUGGUAUUGGUAAAUGGCUCGUGCAAAGAACCCGCUCAAUGGCUGAAAGACUCUGGGCUGUGUUCGGCUUCAUAAUCAGCUUCAUUUUGUUGAAUGGUGUUGCAUCGGCGAUACCAAUCGGGGUGCUCUGGACCCGCGAACUUGAGUCAGAUGUCCGGGUUGCUGUCAGUAUUGUUAUCAUGUUCAUUGUUAUAGCGACUGUGGGGGUUCCUUUCUGGCUCAAAUCCAAACCAAAGUUUCGGAGCGCAUUACCAGACCUGAUCGUGGACGGAGUGCAUCGGACACCUUUAUGGCUUAGAAUGGCCCUGAUUUAUCUGAUCUUGACUGCGAUAUUCAUUGUGAUUCCUUUGGCACUCAUCUGGACACGCCCGCUAGCUAUUGGCAUCAAGAGCGGGCUGACAGUGGGUAUUGUGAUGACGAUGGUUAUAAUCAUGCUGACUUUCAUCCUUUUGGGCGCUCUCGGACCAUAUCGAGCGCUGCGUUCUCAUAGCUAA